AUGUUGGGCAGCAAUAAGCUUCACAUCGCUAUGUUUCCAUGGCUGGCCUUUGGUCACAUGAUCCCUUACUUAGAGCUCGCCAAGCUCAUAGCUAUAAAGGGUCACAAGAUCUCUUUCGUUUCCACUCCUCGAAACAUUGAUCGCCUCCCGAAACUCCAUCCAAAUUUAGUUCCUCUUAUCACUUUUGUGAAGCUUCUAUUGCCUUGGGUCGACGGUCUCCCAGCAAACGCCGAGGCCACCUCUGAUGUCCCAUAUGACACAGUCCAAUACCUUAAAAAGGCAUACGAUGGUCUCAAAGAACUCAUAACCAGAUUUCUUGAAACUUCAGAUCCAGAUUGGCUUCUUUAUGAUUUUGUUCCUUGCUGGCUUCCUGAAAUAGCUACUAGGCUUGGCAUUUUGAAUGCUUUCUUCAGUAUAUUCUUGGGGGCGGUACUGAGUUGCGCGAAGCCACACUCUGCAAUUGAUGAUAGAAAGAAGCCUGAAGAUUUCACUGUCCCGCCCAAGUGGGUUUCGUUCCCUACUAAGGUGACGUUUCGUCUUGCGGAAGACUUUCAAUCUUCUAUCCUAGUGGUGCACCCACACAAUCCUUAA